GCAACAUAUUUAUGCAAAAGGAAUUAAAAUCAGUAUCUCUCUCUCUCUCUCUCCUUAUAUCUGUCUCGACAACAACACCACCAAAUCUAAACAACUUUUGCUCGAAUUGUUUCCGUGUCCGUGAGAUUGUCGGAUCAAAGAAACUCUCUUCGCAACGAUCUGUAGAGCUUUGGCUGAUUCUAUCAGGAAACCUCUCACCGAUCUCUGAAACCCCUGUUCUCUUCGUGUGUUUUGUAUCGAGCAUGUCGCGGUCGUGCUAUAAAAAUGAAUCCAACAAUGUAAUGAAGGAAAGAAAGGUUGCUCCUUUCUCCAGUGCCAUUGAUUUUCAAGCUGUUCAACCCUUGCGGGGAUCAAGAUCGUCCUCACCUAUUGACGAAACCAUCGAGAAUCAGUUGGUUCUUUAUGGUGCCAAAGGAAACGAUACUGAGGAAGAAGUCCAACAAUCUCAGCUUCCUUCAUGCAGAACACAGUGUCCUUCCAUUGGGGCUUUUACAGUCCAGUGUGCCUGUUGUUUCAAAUGGAGGCUUAUGCCUUCGAUGCAGAAGUACGAAGAGAUUAGGGAAAAACUUCUAGAAAACCCGUUUUUCUGCGAGAUGGCGUGCGAGUGGAAACCAAAUAUGUCUUGUGAUGUUCCUGCGGAUAUCUCUCAAGAUGGAACCCGUCUUUGGGCUAUUGAUAAGCCCAGCAUCGCUCGUCCACCCACUGGUUGGCAACGUCUACUGCGUAUUAGAGGUGAAGGAGGUACCAAGUUCGCUGAUGUCUAUUAUGUUACUCCAUCAGGAAAAAAGCUUCGAUCAAAUGUGGAGGUCCAAAAGUACUUGAACGAGCACCCGGAAUACGUAAGUGAAGGGUUGAAGCUUUCACAGUUCUCGUUCCAAAUCCCGAAACCUCUGCAAGACAACUAUGUGAGGAAGCGCCCAACUCGAGUAGUGGAAUCCAGCGAUAAUACAAACACUUCUGUAGCUACUGAAGCUAAUCCACUGACAUGGAUAUCUCCAGAGGAUCAGAUAGCGUCGCAGCUAGGUAAGCGACCCGAGCCUCGACUUAACGAUUCACCCUCGAAAAAGAUAAGAACAUCUGGCUCCCAUGAUGAUCUGGCUAGACAAGACUGAACUAUGUACCGAUAGUUUUUGAUAUUUUCUAGUGUAUAACCUCUUCUUUCUUCGCCGGAAAUAGAAAAUAUGUUUGUUUUUUUUGGGUCGGGUCUAUCGAAGAAACUGAUGACAUGUGGGUUAGCUUGUUUUGUGUGUAUCAUCUAUAAUUUUUUUUUAGUGUAAGAUAUUUUACAGCUACUUUUAUGAAGAAGAUGGGGCUGUUUUAUUUUUAUUUUUAUGGGACUUGAAGUUAACUUUUUUACACUCAAAUUUGAUGGAUUGCCAAAUAGUGGUAUAAGCCAAUUGUACA